ACUGACCACUGAGGCUUCAUGAUAGGAUCUCCAACCAGUUACCAUGGCGAUGUGUGAAAGACCAGUAGACACUCUUCCAGUCAGUCAUCAACCCCCUCACAGACACGGCCAGACUCUGGACACAGUGACCGUUCUACUGGAGGAUAUACAGGGUCACCGUGAGGUUGAAGGUCAGGGUCAGGGGGUUGAGGUUACCUCUGUAGUGCAGUGUUGUGAUGGCCUGAGCCCCGUGUCCACACCACCUCCCCUGGGGGGAUCAGGAGACCCAGAGCCCAUGAACAGGGCAUCUACUCAGGCCCAAACCACAACGAACAGAGAUCUAGAUGAGGUGGACAUGGACCAUAGGCCUCCCUGUGAAGCAGAUCCCAUAGAGAGUGGACUGACCCUGGGUCAGACGUGGGACAUGUACGAGGUGGACCAGACCUCCACGAUGAGCUGUGAUACUGAGGUGGAGCUUGGGACGGGGACUGAGACGACUCCACACAAACCAGUGUGUCCUACAGUGUCUGGUCUGGUCACAGAGGUGAAUGGACGCUCUGGGAAACAACGUGUUAGAGAGCCUGUAGAGGAGAGGGAGAGGCCUAAGGAGACCCCUUCUCCACCCUCCUCUCCAGUCUCCUCUCCGCCCCUCUCUCCUGGCCAGACUCUGGGACAUGUUACCCUUGAUACCCCCCAGGAAAGGUGUCUAGAUGCCCCAGGGCCAGGCAAGGGUAGUUCCAUGGACCUGUUCUGUAUCGUAAAACACAAACCCAGCGCUAUCGUGUUCUCUGGAGACGACAACAUCGACAACGUCAGCCCACCUCGAGUCUUCGUCACCCAGAGCCUCGAUGGAGAGGAGUCUUUCUCGGGCGAUGAUGAUGAGGGUGGCGAUGAUGUGGAGGAGGAAGAGGAGGAAGAGAAGGAUGAAGAGAUCCCUGAACUGCCGCAGUAUAAGGAGUUCCUAGUCAGCCGUCGCCGUAGAAACGUGAGCAGGAACAGGAAGAGGCAGAGGAAAGGACAGGAACUCCCGCCCACUGGCUCUCUGAUUGACCUGGGCUCCACCAAUAAGACCAGGUUAAAGGCCAAGGAGGAAGAAGAUGAGGAAGAGGAGGAGGAGGAAGAAGAGGCUGAAAGGAGACGGUCCCCGUGGUGUGAUUCUAUGAGUCAGCUGAUGAGGAAGUUGGAUCAGCUCAAUCUGGACAUACAGGAAGCACUCAGCGCUGCUAGCUCCUCCCACUCUGACAACGACCAACCAGAAACACAACAACCAGAACUGAGUGCUCCUGCACUGGGAAGGAUGAUAAGCAGAGGCCUGGUCCACGACCACAAUACCUCCAGGCCUUCGAACAGACCCCCAGAGAGCAGCGUGUCCAGACGACGUUCUCGUCCAGUGGCCCGCAGCAGACCCCUGAUCCGCUCUUCCCUACACUCCCCCUCACACCUCCACUACAGACGGAGAAGCGAUGAAGACAGGAUGACCAGCCAAUCAGAAGAGAUCGAGGCCAAGGAGGCUUGUGAUUGGCUGAGGGCUGCAGGGUUCCCACAGUAUGCCCAGCUCUACGAAGACUCCCAGUUUCCUAUAGAUAUCUUGUCAGUGAAGAGGGACCAUGACUUCUUGGACAGGGACCUGGUGGAACCUCUGUGUCGACGUCUUAACACUCUGAACAAGUGUUGCUCCAUGAAACUAGACGUCAGCCACCCCAGGAGGAAAACUGAUGAUUCAGACGACGAUGACCCACUAGCCAUCAGUAAGAGAUGGACCUUUGAAUGGAACAGCCGGCGCUGGUCCCGCCUCCAGGACAUGCACUUCCUGCUGGGCUCGCCCAAUGAGUGCAGUCCUGAGGGGUGCCAGGGGGAGGGGCGACUGAGGAGCACGGUGAGCAGUGAGAGCGUUCUGACGGACCUGAGCGAACCAGAGAUCACGGAUAUAUCUUCUCUGCACAGUCAAGACUCUCUGGGAGCCAUGCUUCCUGACUCUGUCUCUAUGGUCUCACUGGCAGGACCCUAUCAGCCCCCAAGGGACCUGUCCCACUACAACUCUCUACCAAUCAAAAGCAGCCGUCACGGCCAGGGUGGGCGGAGUCCGGCAAAGGCCUUCCUGCGUCGCAUGGAGAUGAUGCGUACCUGGGGGCCGUCCUCCAAGAGGAAGUCAGGAAGUGGGCGGGCGCCGCUCGUCAUCAGUGGGCCGGUCCUACAUGGGGAGGAGCCCCAGGCAUUACAGAUGCUCCACUGUGUUCCCAUCAAUCAAUCAGAGGACGGUCCUCAUCCUCCCCACCAAUCAGAUGACAACUCGUUCCCCUUCGCCCUCGGUAAUGACAGCAAGGGCCGAUCGGUGACGAGCGGUGUGAGUUCCAUGCGUCCCUGUGUGAAGGAGUCUGUCUCCAAGCCUAAAAGAGGAAGUAUGUAUCUGGAAGACAUGGAGCUUCUCUCUGGCGCCCCCCAUGUUCGGAGGACUGAAGCACAACAGAGCCCGUUCAGCAGGAACCACUUCCGCUCCUAUGAGGACCUGCUGGUCCACAUCCCCAAGAACCACAAACCAGGCACCUUCCCCAAAGCCCUGUCUAUAGAGAGUCUAGCCACAGCCACCAACCACCAGCACCAGACCUCUUCUCCCUCCCCACUCCACCCCAGCAAAGGCUCCCUCUGGACGGGUACGGCUCUGUCCAAGAAGCCUCCCUGUCCUGGAGCUCCGCGGGGCAGCAGGGUGAGUGUGUAUGACAACGUCCCCGGGUCUCACCUGUACGCGUCCACAGGUGACCUGCUGGAUGUGGACAGAGACGAUCACCUGUUCCCCCACCUGGAUGACAUCAUCAGUCACGUCAGCGGCCUGCAGCAGAUCGUAGACCACUGGAGUCGCAGCAUGCUGACGGAGGGUGGGGUGGGGGAGGAGGGGGAGGCAGGGGAGGGAAAGAGGGGUGAAGAUGAGGGGGAGGGGCAGGGAGAGGAGAGGACCACGCCCAGUGAGGGGGAGGGAGAGGGGAGGACCACGCCCAGUGAGGGGGAGGGAGAGGGGAGGACCAUGCCCAGUGAGGGAGAGAGAGACGGGGUCUCCCUGAUUGACAUAGAGUCUACAGGGACCAGAGAGAGGAGAGACUCUGGAGUAGGAGCUUCCCUUACCAGACCACGUCUGAGGUGGCCGAGCUUCCGUCUCUCUGAAAAUCUGCGCCAAUCAGGCUCCGCGCUGCAGAUCAGUAGCCAAUCAGCAGGCCAGCUCAGCCUGCUCCAGAAGUUCUCUCUGCUCCGACUCACAGCCAUCAUGGAGAAUUACUCAAUGUCUAACAAACACGGCUGGACCUGGUCUGUCCCUAAGUUUAUGAAGCGUUUGAAGGUCCCUGACUACAAGGAGAGAAGUGUGUUUGGUGUUCCUCUCAUCGUUCACACACAGCGCUGUGGUUACCCUCUACCUCUCUGUCUACAGCAGGCCCUGAGACAUCUCAGGAUACACUGUCUUGACCAGGUGGGUCUGUUCCGUAAAUCUGGUGUGAAGUCUCGUAUCCAGGCGUUGAGACAGGAGUGUGAGACCAGUCCUGACAGUGUGUGUUACGAGGACCAGUCAGCGUACGACGUAGCAGACAUGGUUAAACAGUUCUUCAGAGACCUUCCUGAACCUCUACUGACCAGCAAGCUGGGAGAGACCUUCCUACACAUCUACCAGUAUGUCCCUAAGGAGCAGAGGUUGCAGGCCGUGAGGGCGGCCAUCUUGCUGAUGUCAGACGAGAACAGGGAAGUGCUCCAGACGCUGCUCUGCUUCCUGCGUGAUGUCACUUCCUGUGUAGAGGAGAACCAGAUGACCCCUAUGAACCUGGCUGUGUGUCUGGGCCCCUCCCUGUUCCACCUCAACAUACUGAAGAAUGACAACCUGUCCCCCAGGUCGAUCCAGAAGAAGUAUGCCACAGGCCGUCCGGACCAGAAGGACCUGAGUGAGAACCUUGCCGCCACACAGGGCCUGGCUCACAUGAUCACUGAGUGCCAGCACCUAUUUGAGAUCCCACAGGACAUGGUAAGCCGGUCCCAUAACUCCUACAUGGAGGCUGAGUUACUAGCGCCCCCUCUGGACGAGCUGCGUAAGACACAUGACGAGGAGGACGAGGAAGAGGAAGAGGAGGAGGAGGAAGGAUCUUACCACACACACAUGGAGGGGCUGGUCCAGGGACUACUAAAAGAGGCCAGAGACAACAGCAAAGGAUGGGUAUCCCGGGCAACCACUGACCACACUGAACUGGCCUGCAAAAAGGUGGGUGAUGGUAACCCACUGCGGAGGUGGCGUGUGUGUGUGGACGUGUGUGCGAAGCCCAGUGAGGUGUUGGAGAGGCUGCUGCGGGAGCGCCCCCUGUGGCAGACAGAUAUACUGCAGGAGAAGGUUCUGGUUACCCUGGGCAGACAGACAGACAUCUACCAGUACAGCUUGCAGAGCAUGGCCCCACACCCCAACACUGACUACGUAGUACUGAGCAGAGACCACGAGGACACCAUGUUUCAACCUCUGGUCGAAGCCAGGGAGGACCUUCAGAAGGACGGGGCCUCGACUCUGACGGGGCUGAGAGGAGACAUCUCCAAGGUGGAGAACCUCAGUGAGAGACAGGUUGAAGAGUUCCGUGAGCAACUGAGGCAGAGGGAGGAGAAGAUGAAGUAG